CAACAACGGGAGAAGAUUCAGAAGGAGAGGACCAACAGUCCUAGCUGAUCUAUGGAACAUGGAUCCUAAUGAAAGGGUUGAUGUCGAGGUUAAUAGACAUGGAGUUCCAUGUGGUCCCGAGUCAGGCUUAUUUGCAUCAUUCCUAGGAGUUGUGGCGAGAAACGGGUUGUUUGCACCCUUGGAGCUUAAUUGGAGAAAGGCUGAGUUUCGUCCUUAUAAAGCAAAGAUACUGUAUCUUGUUCACACCAAAUUUCGAUAUCCACCUGCUACCACCAAAUGGAUUCUGAAAAAUGUGAAUAGAAGGUGGAGCGACCACAAGACAAAACUAAAAAGUUUAUAUUAUGAUCCCGAACUGUCCGUUGAAGAAGUUCUUGAAAAACCGAACCCUACAGACGUUAUUGAUACUCAUUGGCAGACUUUGGUUAAUCGUUGGUAAACUGAAGACUUUCAGAGACUAAGUAAGCAAAACGCUGAAAAUGCUAGCAACAUGAAGACUCCACAUACUUGUGGAAAGAUGAGCUUUGCUAGGUG